UGAUGGAUUGUGUUGUAUUAAAGGUCUUACCUGCAUGUUUAUCAAAUGGAUUUGGAAAACAUCAACAGACAGAUUAGAGUGUCUAAGAGAAACUCCAGACUGGGUUUCCUUUAUGAAUUAGACAAGCAAGUUAAGGUGAUUGAGCGGUACAUCACAAAGCUGGAGUUUCAUCUCAGUAAGGUUGAGGAGUUUUAUGAAACCUACUGCCUGCACAGGAAACUGAGAGAUGGAGCCCACAAGAUAAUGAAGGCAUACACAGCCAACCCAGGAAGCAAGGAGGCUAAGGAAAGCCUGGGAGAGGCUUCUAAAGGAUACAAGGAAUGCACAGAGAUUAUGUGUGUGAUGGAAAAUGACUUUGAGAACCAGCUUGGAGAAUUCCACAUCAGAUUGAAAGGUCUUGCAGGAUUUGCCAGGUUGUGUGCAGGGGAUCAGUAUGAGAUCUUUAUGAAGUAUGGCCGACAGCGCUGGAAACUACGGGGAAGGAUAGAAAUCAACGCCAAGCAGGUGUGGGACAGUGAAGAGACGGUGUUUCUCCCUCUCAUUAACGAGUUCCUCUCUGUGAAGGUGACAGAAUUGAAGAGCUUAGCCAAUCACGUGGUCGUAGGGAAUGUUUCCUGUGAAAUGAAAGACCUGUUUGCUCCACUCACCCAGGUGGUAGCUGUGGAUAUAAAUGAUCUUGGCACUCUUAAACUUAGCCUUGAAGUCACCUGGAAUCCAUUUGAUAAAGAUGACCAGGCUGCUCUUGUCAACAAAACACCAACAGUUUCAUCAAACAUCCGGAGACAACCAGGGACACCACCCGCACGCAGUCAACCCUUCCCUUCUCUGCCACGGUGUCCACCAAGGCAGCAGCACUGGCCUCUUAUGGACAUCUUCAGGGGAACACUUACCCAGAGCUGCCCCUGUCGGGACAAUUCACCAGAAACACUCAGUGCAAUCCACGAUAGUCCAGAUGGGGAAGUACAAGAGCCACCCUGGUCAACCUCAGACUCAUCUGAUGACUCCUCCGGCCGUCAGUCGUCUGUGCCGGUGGAAACCAGCUCUCCACCUCUCACGGGUGUGUUAAGGACCUCAGGAAUCGAACCUGCAUCCUUUUCGUCUCCACAGCCCGAGGUUCACUAUUCUCCUCCUCCAUCUGAGAUUCCCAAUGGCAGUUCCACUUUAAAGGCUUCAGGCAUCCAAUUCCCAUAUGUAGCCGACAGCCCAAGUAUGAUGGAAGAGGAACCAGUAACAAAUGGCCUUCUUGAGGAGCUGGAUUUGGUGGGAACCAUCAGCCCCAGCCCAGGACAUGGGCAGUCUUACUCUCGCUCUCUGAGUCACAUCAGUGAGAGUAGCACCGAUGGGUUUGUGGAUUCAUCAGUUGGUGAUUCAGGAGAUGUAACCUCUCUGAUUUCUGGGAUCUCUAUAAAUGACAUAGAGAUCCCCUGUAGACGAUCUGAGCCAGCAAGCCCCUCCCUCAUGCACACUGAGAUUCCACCAAGCCUCUGUGUUGUGGAGGAAAUCCCAGAUGUCAGUCCCAUUCCUGACCCACUCAUUCAUCCACAUGAAGAAUCCUUUUUUCCCCAGUCUGAGAGGGAUGAGCUAAGCAGAUUUUAUCCUGACUUAGAGUACACAAACCCAUCCACAACCAGCAGAAAUGGGACCUACAGAGCUCAAAAAGUGCUGGUGGAAGAGGACAGGCCAUGUGUGGGAGCAAGCUGGUUACUUGGAGGGAGUGACAGUGUGGUGGACAGUGAGCUGGAGGAUGCCCUGGAAAUUCUUCUUUCCUCUUUGGAUGACUAUAGAGGACAGUUUCCUGAGUUGCAAACACUUGAACAAAACCUAAGGCUCCUGCAGGUAACUCUGAAGGGGAACAGUCACAGCCGUUCAGCCAGCUUGGCCAGCCUCUCAGUAGAAUCAGCUUUGGGCAGCUUUGACUUUCUGUCUGACUGUGAGGAAGAGGAGGAGAAGAUGAGUAGCAGGAAGAUGAGGAAUGGCAGACGAGAGCAUGGGGGCUGGCACAGUCCUCCCCUCCUCCAUUCACCUCUCACCACCAGCUGUGCCACUCUGGACUCCUCCCUGGUGAUCCAUCUGAAGAACUGCACGACACAGCUUUUGCGUCUUGGCAUGUUUGGUCCCCUGCGCUGUGGAGAGAUGUACGCCUUAGACAAACUGCUGAGAGAGACACGUGUCUUUGAAAUCAUCCUUCGAAUCGUCAGGGACAACCCCAACCGGCCCAGGCAGCCUGCUGAAGUGAUACCAGAGAUGGGCCACUGCUUCGGUGCCCUGUCCCUCUGGGAGCAGAGUACAGAGUGCGGCACUGUGUACUGUGUCUCUGUUGAGAACUUUCUCUCCACUCUGUCUACAUCAUACUCCAGCAUGCCUCAUGGAGGGUCAGAUGCAGUGUUCUUGUACCUCGUUGAGCAAAUUUUGGAUCAGAGGUUACUACGACGAGGCAACACAGGCAAAGGAAUUAUCACAGUGUUCCAGCUGUGGAGUUAUUUGGAGUCUAACGGGAUCACUGACAUGGAGACACACAUCUCUGAGCUAGCAGAAGAGGUGUUCCUGGUGCAGAGCCUCAGAUCCACUGACCUGAAUGUGAUUAUGAAUACUUUGAGACGGCCUCCUGAGCGCAGCCUGAGGAGAGGAGAGCUCCAUGCUGUUGCCAACUUAUUGAAAGAUCCACGACGCAAAGUGUCAACAUCUGCCAGCACUUUACUAAGAGGCCUGACUGCUCAGCCCACACAGAGAGAACAGGCUUUGGUGCACUGCUUGGAGCUGCUGGAAGAUGAAAACAUAGACACCAGAGUGUGUGGAUGUAAAGCUUUGGCAUGUCUCAAGGCCAAAGAAAGCAUUGAGCAGCUGGUGUAUAUUUGUCAGACAGACAAGGAAGAUGUCCGAGAUGCUGCCAAACAAGCACUGCUGACACUGGGUGAGGAAGGAAAGAUGGCCUACAGACACGUGGAGAUAUCUCAGGAUAGCUUGCCAAGACUCUUUGCUCCAGGAAGCAUGGCCAGCACAGCCUUCUGACCAGACACAGCCACUGACAGUCACAGCACACCAACAACAUGGCAACACAGUAUCCACUGUGUCCAUCUGCUAAAGUGGAGGACCAGUCGUAACUGAAACCUUUCUUUAGCAAUCAUCUAUAGUUAGGAGUACUUCAAACAAAUUUGCCACAAAUGAUAACAUUUCUGAAGUAUAAGUUAAAUUAACAAAGAAAUGAAGUUCAUCAUUCAUUAUUAUACAGUAUGAAGAACUUUAGAAAGUGUUACUCAAACAGACAGUUCCAGCACUGGCUGAAGAGCAAACAUUCCCAAAAUGCUGUAUUAACUGUUCAUAUAUCACUUUGUACAGUCCAGUAAAGGCUCCAUUCAGUAAGUUGUUGCUGCUCCUCUUGUCACCAAACGAUCCACAUCUGUAGGAAACCAGUUGUGGCCACAGAAGGCUGCAGAUUUUUGACUGAUGCCUACAGACAGAACGUAACCAUGACGAGAACUGACUCUACUCUUAUGCCUUCUCCAUGGAACCUGCAUCAUCUGCUAUCUGGAGUGAACAUUUGAAACAGAACUGCUGUAGUCUGCAGAAAACAGCAGGCCUUCAUUCCACUACUGGUGGUGUUAAAGUCAAACUACAGCCAUUUCUGACGGAAAUUACACACAAAAUAAUUACUGGGUAUUAAAGCAGCUAUUGAGAAAUACUUUUUAUACUGUUUCUUGUGGGGUUGCCUUAAUUUUUGCUAUAACUUCUCAGGAAAAGAUGAUUAGGACUGGUAGAAAGCUUUAGUGCAGCAUUUUAGAAAUGUAUACCAACCGGCAUGUACAACAUCAGAAUGUCUGAGUCACAGUUAGUGUUUGAGGUCUGACUGACAUCUGUCAGCUAGCAGGCAGUAAACGAGAUUAGAGCAAAGACACAAGACUCACGAUCAGCAGCCAUAUUUUGUUCAGUAGGAGCCAGGACUGAGGAUUAGACUGUGGAGUAAAACACCUCCACAGAGUGGGGACCAGUGGUUGACCCACUAUAAUGGCUAUAAAUAUAUUUAUUUAAUUCUUAAGAUGCAGAUAAUUAAACAAAUACAAUUCAAUUAUGCUUUUUAACUGCACAUAUAAAAUAUUCCAAAUAUUCACAGGUCAGUAGUGGCCUACAGCAGAAUGUUUAAAAUGAAACUGGUGAGUUAACCAAGCUCAGGUUACGUCAUCAGUAGUCACCCCUGCUCCCCUCCACAAUUCUUUGUUCUGUUUAUGAAUAUUUUUAUCUCACUUAUCCUGCUUUUGUUUCCACUCAUCCACCUAAUCUUUCUUCAUGACCCCAUUUGACCCCUUUCAUUUCCCUCCUCCUCUUCUUUUCUGAGCUUUUCUUCAUCACAGUCUCUUAUUCACACAUACCAUCCUCAUCAUCCUAGCCCAUCAUCCAUACUUAUGAUCACACACAUCCUCUUCAUCCCUCUUUUAACCUCUCCUUCACAGCCACCUGUCAUUAUGACCCCUUUUAAUCCAACUCCUCUUCCUCACCAUUUUUUAUAUUCCUUUCUUCACAUCCAUCUUCCUCUACUCUCUUUAUGACUAGAUUUUUUUAUGUGACUCCCCCAACCACUAUUUGUGACCCAUUUUCAUUUGACUGGUUAACAUCAUCCUGCUUCAGGUUUGCCCUGCAAAUAAACUGAAUGUAUAAUGUGUUUUCAUCCAGACAUGUGGUGUGUGGCUUAUAAUGAUGUGAAUUAUUCUCCUUUUCAGAAUUGUAAUAAAAAAUAACUCAUUCUGCCAAGGAGGCCUUUAUGUUGAAUGUUGCUAUAUUUGAAACAAAUUGAAGGAGAGAAUGCAGUAGAUUCUGCUGUUGCAAUGUAGAGGAUAUUUCAAACAAGUGCCAUAAAGUUUUAAAUUAUGCUUUUAAAUGAAGCUACAAUAGAAGUUUAUGUUGAAGUUUAUUGUUCUGUGAAUACAUGUUUUUGAUUUGAGUUGAGCUUUAUUUGACCAAUUUCCUGUAAAUGGUCUACUGAAUAAUAACUGUCCCAGUUUACCGCCAUUUGCAAACAGGGCAGGGCUUCAAAGAAAAGCUUCUAUGUUGCUUCCUGUUAGCUAACUGCUAUAGGAAUAAUUAUAAUGAAGGAGCCUACUGAAACAGUCCAAAGCUGUAUUACUGGUCCACACCAGUGUUUUACAAACCAUUUUAAAGUUUUGUAUGAAAAUUAUAUAUUUAGCUUUUAUCAUUUAUAAAUCUGACAUUUAUAAAUUCUGACAUUUUCUAAAGUGCGUUCAUUAAAUUAAGCAAAUAAAAAAGACAUGUCAGUCAUUACAUGAGUAAUGAAUGACAUUUAAUCAGAAUAACUGCAAAAAUAUAAGGGUGCUUCUUGUGAGGUGUUUUUAUCUAAGCAUUUGUAGAUAUUUUUCUUAUUCUCAGUAAAUGAUAAGGAAUCGUUUCUUUUUAUUUUGGAAGCUGGGAUUUCUUUCCAUUCUGAAUGUUGACAAAUUGCUGUAAGUUACAGAGUAAUGAUUGUUUUCUUUUAAGUCUGUAUGUUGUAUCUGUCACACACUGUCAGACUGGCUGUAUAUGAACUGGAUUGGGCCACACAGAUUAUUGCAUCUUGACGAACUUUGUAACAACAGACUCACUGAAAAUGCCAAACUGUGGAGCACCAGUCAACUCAGUUGCUUAUCCUAAGUGCAAUUUGUUUUGUUAAUCUAAUAGUAGCAUUACUCUGCCUUUUCUUCUGCAAUAUCACUGCACUGUAAAGUAUAUUAUUAAUAUUUUUGAUAAAUUAUAUAAGAAAAGA